CUCCUCCUCCUCCUCCUCCUCCUCCCCUUGAAACGCCCCUUGGCGGGCGGGGCGGGCCCGGGGCUCUUGCCGGGCUCGGGGCUCCCCCGGCCAUUCCCGGCUCGGCUCGCGCAGCUCCCGGACCCUCCGGACACUCCGGACCCCGCUGGUCACUCCCGGACACUCCGGACCCCGCUGGUCACUCCCGGACACUCCGGACCCCGCUGGUCACUCCCGGACACUCCGGACACUCGUGCCGCCGGCAGGAUGUCGCCCCCCGUGCCCGCGCUGAGCCCUGAGCAGAAGCAGGAGCUGGCGUCCAUCGCCCAGCGCAUCGUGGCGCCCGGCAAGGGCAUCCUGGCCGCCGACGAGUCCACUGGCAGCAUCGCCAAGCGGCUGAGCUCGGUGGGCGCCGAGAACACGGAGGAGAACCGGCGCUGGUACCGGCAGCUGCUGUUCACGGCCGACAAGCGCGUGGAGCCGUGCAUCGGCGGCGUCAUCCUCUUCCACGAGACCAUGUACCAGAAGGCCGACGACGGGCGCCCCUUCCCGCAGGUCAUCCGCGACAAGGGCGCCCUCGUGGGCAUCAAGGUGGACAAGGGCGUGGUGCCCCUGGCUGGCACCAACGGCGAGACCACGACCCAGGGGCUCGAUGGCCUCAUGGAGCGCUGUGCCCAGUACAAGAAGGACGGCGCUGACUUUGCCAAGUGGCGCUGCGUGCUGAAGAUCACGGCGCACACGCCCACGCGCCUCGCCGUCAUGGAGAACGCCAACGUCCUGGCGCGCUACGCCAGCAUCUGCCAGCAGAACGGCAUUGUCCCCAUCGUGGAGCCCGAGAUCCUGCCGGACGGUGACCACGACCUCAAGACGUGCCAGUACGUCACCGAGAAGGUGCUGGCGGCCGUGUACAAGGCGCUCAGUGACCACCACGUGUACCUGGAGGGGACGCUGCUGAAGCCCAACAUGGUGACAGCGGGACACGCCUGUGCCACCAAGUACAGCCCCGAGGAGAUCGCCAUGGCAACGGUCACCGCGCUGCGCCGCACCGUGCCGCCCGCCGUGCCAGGGAUCACGUUCCUGUCGGGCGGGCAGAGCGAGGAGGAGGCCUCCCUGAACCUGAACGCCAUCAACCGCUGCCCGCUGCCGCGGCCCUGGGCGCUGACCUUCUCGUACGGGCGCGCGCUGCAGGCCUCGGCCCUCAAGGCCUGGGGCGGCAAGAAGGACAACACCAAGGCGGCCCAGGAGGAGUACGUCAAGAGAGCCCUGGCCAACUCCCUGGCGUGCCAGGGCAAGUACACCCCGAGUGGCACCGCGGGGGCGGCGGCCAGCGAGUCGCUGUUCGUGUCCAACCACGCCUACUGACCGCUGACCGCUGACCGCUGACCACCACUGGUCACUGCUGGGCAUCCACUGACCACCCACGGACAUCCUGCUGACCACUGCUGACCAUCUCCUGUUCGUGUCCAACCACGCCUACUGACCGCUGACCGCUGACCGCUGACUGCUGACCGCUGGUCACUGACCACCACUGGUCACUGCUGGGCAUCCACUGACCACUGCUGGGCAUCUGCUGACCACUGCUGGACAUCCACUGACCACUGCUGACCAUCUCCUGUUCGUGUCCAACCACGCCUACUGACCGCUGACCGCUGACCGCUGACCACCACUGGUCACUUCUGGGCAUCCACUGACCACCCACGGACAUCCUGCUGACCACUGCUGACCAUCCGCUGACUGCUGACCACCUGCUGACCAUGCGUGGGUCGCUGGCCACCCGUGGAUGCUGACCAUCUUCUGGCCACCCUCUGGCCACCCGCUGACCACCUGCUGGCCACCUGAUGACCACUUCCUGCUGACCAUCCAUGGACUGCUGACCACCCGCUGACCACUGACCAUCUGCUGACCAUCCACUGACCGCUGACCACCCUCUGGCCACUGACCACCCAUGGACCUCCUGCUGACCACCCGCUGACCACCCCCUGACCCUUGACCACCCCCUGACCAGCCCCUGACCGCUGCCCACCCUGUGUCCACCCUGUGUCCACCCUGUGUCCACCCUCCGGCCGCGCUCCGGCCGCGCUGUCGCUGCCCCUGCAAUAAAAGGUCCUGGAUGAGCCCCAAACGCUGCCGCAGAUUUUUGGCCGAAAUUUGGGGGUUUGGGGCGGUUUGACCCCAAAUUUGGGGGGGUUUGGGAUCGACUGAUCCCAAAUUUGGGGGAUUUGGGGUGAUUUGACCCCAAAUUUUGGGGGUCCUGGGGAGGUUUUGGGGAGGUUUCACCCCAAAAUUUGGGUUUCUGGGGGGGUUUGGGUCACUUUAACCCCAAAUUUGGGGUUCCUGGGGAUGUUUUGGGGGUUCACCCCAAAAUUUGAGAGUUUGGGGCCGGUUUGGGGGGGGUUGGACCCCAAAUUUGGGGUUUUGGGGGUCAUUUUAGCCCAAAUUUGGGGGGUCUGGGGAGGUUUGGGGAGGUUUGAUCCCAAAUUUGGGGUCUGGGGUGGUUUGACCCCAAAUUUGGGUGGUCUGGAAUGAUUUGGGGUGGUGUCAUCCCAAAAUUUGGGAGAUUUGGGGUGGUUUGGGAUUGAUUGAUCCCAGAUUUGGGGGGUUUUGGGGUGGUUUGGUCCCAAAUUUGGGGGGUUUUGGGGUGGUUUGGUCCCAAAUUUGGGGAGGUUCUGGGGGGGUUGGACCCCAAACUUUGGGAGUGUUCUGAGUUCCUGGAGUUGGGGACCAUGGAGAGGUGGGGCCACAUCUGAGGGGGGUUCAGAGGGGGAGGGGGGGACAUUUGGGGACAUUUGGGGACACUUGGGGGUGUUGGGGACAUUGGGGACACCUCGGGGACACCUCGGGGACAUUGGGGUGGGCAGUGGCGUUGUCAGGAGGAAGUUUGGGGGUGACACGUGGGGGACACGGGGACAGGGUGGCCCAGGAGGUCACCGGGGACCUUGGGGACAGCGGCAACCCCGGUGUCCCCAAGAGCCCUGGGGUGCCCAAUGUCCCCAAGGUCCUGAAUGUCCCCAAUGCCCCCAAGUGUCCCAAAUAUCCCCAAAUGUCCCCAAUGCUCCCAAUGUCCUGAAUGUCUCCAAUGUCCCCAAUGUCCCCAAUGUCCCCUCUGUCCCCAAUGCCCCCAAAUGUUUCCAAUGUCCCCAGGCCCCCAAUGUCCCCACUGUCCCCAAUGCCCCCAGUGUCCCCAAUGCCCCCAAUGUCCCCGUGUCCCCUCUGUCCCCAGGCCAACUCCCUGGCGUGCCAGGGCAAGUACACCCCGAGUGGCACCGCGGGGGCGGCGGCCAGCGAGUCGCUGUUCGUGUCCAACCACGCCUACUGACCACUGACCGCUGACCGCUGACCGCUGGUCACUGACCACCACUGGUCACUGCUGGGCAUCCACGGCCACUGCUGGGCAUCUGCUGACCACCCAUGGACAUCCUGCUGACCACCCAUGGACAUCCACUGACCACCCAUGGACAUCCUGCUGACCACCCAUGGACAUCCUGCUGACCACUGCUGGGCAUCCACUGACCACCCAUGGACAUCCUGCUGACCACCCAUGGACAUCCUGCUGACCACCCACUGACCCCUGACCACCCAUGGACCGCUGACCACCUGCUGACCACUGCUGACCACCCAUGGACAUCCUGCUGACCACCUGCUGGCCACCUGAUGACCACCGCCUGCUGACCACCCGUGGGCUGCUGACCAUCCACUGACCACUGACCACUCUGUGGCCACUCUCUGGCCACCCACUGACCACCCACUGACCACUGACCACUCUCUGGCCACUCUCUGGCCACCCACUGACCAGUGACCACCUGCUGACCCUCACUGACUGCUGCCCACCCGGUGGCCACUCUCUGGCCACCCACUGACCACUGACCACCUGCUGACCCUCACUGACCCCUGCCCACCCUGUGCCCACCCUGUGUCCACCCUGUGUCCACCCUCCGGCCGCGCUCCGGCCGCGCUGUCGCUGCCCCUGCAAUAAAAGGUCCUGGAUGAGCCCCAAA